UAUCUGUGAAGUACCGGAAGUUUAUAAACACUUGUUGUCCGUUAAAUACCUGUGAAGGUUCAAUGAAGAAGUAAAAAGUUUACUACGAAAGCUAAUCAUUGUUAAACCUUAUUCAGAUAGAUACACACAUACAAAAGAGUAUAUAAUUAAAUAAAUAAUUCAUAAGCGGUGUAUAUAUGUAUAAACUCGAUAGAACUAAUAAACAUUAUUAUUAAAGUCAUUAUACUUAUUUUACGUUCGUAGUAUUAAAUUCCAAUAAUGGCUGUAUCAACAGAAGGCAUAAUGAAUCCAAGCCUCAAUGACCCCGUAACCAAAGCAGUAAUGGACAAUAUAAUGGGUAAUUUACCCACAAAAAAACCUCUUGUUCGAUGUAACGAUUGUGAUCUUUCAUUUACAAGCCAAACAGUAUUAGAUACCCAUUUGCAAGGUGCCCGUCAUGCUAAACAGAUGAGAUCCAAAAAUAUAAUGGCAUCUCUUGAAGAAACAAAAGUAGCAUUUACCAAAGAUGAAGAGACAAAUGGAUUAAAAUGCAAUGUGUGUAAUGUUUGCCUGAACUCGAUACAACAGCUUCAAACACAUUUAAAUGGAAGCCGGCAUAAAAAGAAAGCAAUGAGAGGUGAGUGGGAUGGCAAAGAAUUUGGCAAUUCAAUGACAUCAACUACUAUGAAUGUCCAGGAAAACUCAGGAUCUAAAAGCACGUCACUUUCGUGUAACAUGUGCAAUAAAAUUUUCAAUUCUCCAGCACAAUACAAUGUGCAUAUAACAUCGAAAAGACAUACUAGCAAAUUGAAUCAAGUUAGAACUAUAAAAAAGAAAAAGGUUUUCUCACACUGGAAAAAACCUAAGAAUGGUAUAAAUCCUAAGAAUUUUAUUUAAUUACUGUCGAACAACUUUAUACCAGGAGGUUUCAAAAAUUACGUAUAGAAGUGCAACUAAAUGAAUACAUCUAUUUUAAUACAUGUAUAAACCAUUCAAAUGUAAAUGUUUUAUUCUUAGAAAAGAUUAAAAGAAUAAUUCUAGAAUCAUUAUUUUUCAUUAAA